CGAAGAGUGUCGCUUCCUACCGUCGUUAGAAGCAUUCCACCUUCGCCAUCUUAAAGUCUUGCGCUAGAAAGUACGCAUUUAAUAACGCGGCGAUCUCGAGAGUGAAGGCAAAACCUACGCAUUAGAGAUGCAGGAAAGUUUACGCGCUUAGCUAAGCACCGUUAUUUAGAAGACACCAAUCGGCGGAGCGUUUGACUUUUGUCGUCUCCAAAGGGACAGUUUCACUCUCGUCGCGCGGGUACAACGAACCGCGAAAGCGACGAGAUCCCCUCUUGAAGAAGGCAUCGCAUGUCCAGCCUCUGCUUCAGUAACGUCCGCGGAGGCCGCAUAUAUAAGAUGGUAAAAGUAUGCGGCUGAUCUACUUACUUCCAAGUCGAGCUAGAUGCUCGAGGAUUUUUCUCCGAGAUCGCGUUUGGCUAUUUCGCUCAGGAUGAGUCACAGGGGACUCACGAUGCUCUCUUUAUCACUCUUCGUGGUCAUGGUGACGAGUUCUCCGAUUAACAACAAAUAUAACAGGCGCGUAUACCUGUACAAUUAUUUUCCUGCAGCGCGAUAUGAUCGUCGAAUUAUGCCGUCGCAAGUAAGACUAAAUAAAGAUAAUUAUAUCGGGCAGGGAGAUUUCUAUUUGAACAAUAUGAACCGACGGAGAAUCGAACAUGAUGAGCUCAGGGAUAACCACUUUUCGGAAUCUCACAUUGUGCAUUUUAAAGACGAACAUAGAGCGAAAGGUGGAUACGAAUCACAAGAGGAUUUUGACGACGGACCGAGCGAUAGUGAGGGCGAUGAAAGCAUACACGAUGAUCAAGUAUUGGACCAUCAUGUGCACGAGGAUGUGCGUAAAACGGUAACGAUCAUAAAAAAAGUUGCUGUGCCGUACCCGGUAGAGAAGACCAUCCGAUAUCCGGUGGUGAAAAAAAUACCGUAUCCGGUCAAAGUGCCGGUCCCGCAGCCAUAUGCGGUCGAGAAAAAGAUACCGUACCCCGUGAAAGUGGUCAUCAAGGUCCCCUUUAAGAUCCCACGACCGGUCCCGAUCGUCAAAGAGGUCCCAUACCCGGUUAAAGUACCGGUGGACCGUCCAGUACCGGUCAAGGUGUACGUACCGGAUCCGUACCCCGUCGAGAAGAAGGUGCAUUAUACGGUGAAGGUCCCGGUACCGGAUCCGUUCCCCAUAGAACGCAAAAUACCGGUACCGGUGAAGGUGCCGGUGCACGUGCCGCAGCCCUAUCCGGUCGAGAAAAUCGUCCAUUACCCCGUAAAAAUCGCGGUGGACAAACCGAGACCUGUACCGGUGCCGAAGCCGUACCCAGUGGCGGUGGCGAAACCAGUACCGUAUCCGGUGGAGAAGCCAGUCCCAGUUCCGGUUAAGGUGGAGGUGGACAGACCGAUCCCAAUCCCGGUGGACAAGCCGGUGCCGGUCAAGGUGAAGGUGCCGAUACCGGCGCCAUACCCGGUCGAAAAAACCGUCCCGUAUCCCGUGGAGAAAUUCGUGCCUGUACCGGUGAAGAUACCGGUGGAGAGGCCUGUGCCGAUACACGUGAGCAAGCCGAUCGCCUACCAUAUCGAGAAACCCAUUCCUUACCCGGUCAAGGUGCCGGUCGCGGUGCCGAUAGACGAGGGACACGACGCGGAGGAUGCGAAUUACGGGGAGUAUCCGUGAGAAUGAUUCGUGCGAUUAGGUGAUAAUGGAACUACAACAAUAGCCGCUAGAGGCUUCCUACUUUGACGUAGUCCUCCGAAUCGGUACAAAAACACACGAACGAUCGAGGAGACCAAAGUUUCCAUGACUCUGACUGUGUACUCUGAUAGUGCGUUCAGCUUUAAGUCGAAUUGUCUGGUUCCAAAGGCAACUUUGUACGUGACCCUCAUACAAGAUGAAUGAACCUUUGAAUCAGAUGAGUCCAUUUCAGAUUGGGUGUACGAGCAAAAUACAACUUGUAGAAUUUGUAAGGAGGCUUUUGAUACGAGAUAUACCAUAGCAUAAUUAAGCAUUUGUUACUGACCCUAAAGGGAUAUUUAUUUACUCUGUAUGAACUUGUUUUCUAUCACGAAUAUACGAGAUAAUUACGUGUCGCAAGCGUAUGCUUGAGUUGUUUUGUCGUUACUGUAUCUUGAUAAGAUCAUUCUUAUCACAAUAUGUAACGAUCCAGUCUACGUUGCGAAAGAUUGCGAUGUUUUAUGUAAACGAGAACAACCGUGGUUUAAUAAAAAUAUUUCUGAUUAAACCCAAUCAUUACACCGGCAGUAUUUUAAUAUUCUCGCCAUAAUUAAGCGAAAUUCGAUAUUACCGGUUGGUUCGACUCUCCCAUCGCCAUCCAUCCAUCAGCAGUUAUCAGCGAUAACGAUUAAGAUGUAUAAGAAAUG